AUGCACAUCCUCCAAUACCUUGCCCUGGUGCCCAUCGCGACCGCUGCUUUAUCCUCACCCUCGGCAUCGACUCUGAUAGACAUCGAAGCCCGCUCAUCUACCCCUGCACCGGCAUACAAUAACGCAUCUAGCUCCCUCCUCUACAUAAACGUCGUGUCCCAGGAAGACGUACACCUACUCGUCGCGCGACAACUGGACCUGGACAACAUCGUUGAUAAAAUAACGGGUCUCCUGCAGCCUCUCUUCCAGCUUAUUAGUCCCGAGUCCCUGGGGAAUGUGAAUGCCAUCGUCUCGCAGUUGGCCUCGCUGCUUGGUGAUGGCGGUGCAGAGGAUACAAAGAAUCUCAUCGAUGUUAUUGCGGAUUUGCUAAAUUCGAAUGCUGUAAAGGCGCUUGUUGAGCAGCUUGGGCCGUUGAUGCCGACGCUGCUGGACCUCCUUGACUCAAAUAUCAUCUCCCAGCUCAAGAUACUCCUCAACAAUGCGGGUCUCCUGUUGACGGAGGAGUUCGCAAAUAAUGUUCGUGAUUUGGUGAAUAGCUUUGCCCCGAUCUUCGACUACCUGAUGCAAAUAAUCUCGUACUUGAUCGACCUGCUUUUCGGAGGCGGCAGCAGCGGUAAAGAAGGAAGCAGCACAACAAUUAAGCCCUCGCCGACCGCAACACAAACAAGUGGUUCUGGUUCUGGUUCGGAGGCGACUGCAACUGAUACCUCUCACUCCGGUCUCGACAACAAUCUAGGGCUGGGCUCAUCGAGUGACGACUUGGAUACGGCUGGGUCAGGAAGCGUCUCGGGAUCUAGCUCGGAGUCUAGCUCGGGCUCUUCAUCGUCGGCAUCUAGUGACGGCGACUCAUCUUCGUCGGGAGGAAGUGGUUUCAGCCUUGGAUCUUCCUCGUCCGAGUUCUUGGAGGGUAGCGACUCGGGCCUCAGCUCGGGCACCUCCUCUUCGGCGUCUUCCUCCGAUGGCAGCGAGUCAGGCAGUGGCUCCGGAAGUUCCGGCGACUCCAACUCCGACUCUGAUUCCGGACCUGGCUCGGAUUGGGACUUGCACUUGGGAUCUGGCUCUGGCUCUGGCUCUGGCUCUGGCUCCUUUUCGGAUUCGGGGUCUGGAACUGCAACGAGCCCGGAUGAUUCGAGCUUCACCGGUGCAGCGAGCAGGUUAAGCCAGCUUGGCGUGACGGUGGCUUUCGGGGCCUUGGCUGCCCUAUUCGUGCUUUGA